AUGGACCUCAUGAACCGGGUUUGCAAUCCAAUGUUAGACAAGUCGGUGACAGUAUUCAUCGACGACAUUCUCGUGUAUUCGAAGAGCGAAGCGGAUCACGCGCGCCAUUUGCGCGAGGUACUAGAGAUGCUUAGGCGGGAAAGACUUUACGCGAAGUUUUCGAAAUGUGCCUUUUGGCUACGCAAGGUACAAUUUCUUGGGCACGUUAUAAGUGCCGACGGGGUGUUGGUGGACCCAUCGAAAAUAGAAUCGGUGUCGAAAUGGAAACCUCCGAAGAAUCCAUCGGAAAUUAGGAGUUUCCUAGGACUUGUGGGUUACUAUAGGAGAUUUAUUCAAGAUUUCUCCAAAAUCGCAUCACCUUUGACUAAGUUGACCCGCAAGGAAGAGAAAUUUAUUUGGGGAAGUGCACAAGAGAAUUCUUUUCAAGUAAUCAAGGAAAUAUUAACCAGUGCACCGGUAUUAACUUCACCGGAGGAAUCGAUGACAUGGUCGUAUAUUCUGACGCAUCCCAGCUUGGUCUUAGAUGUGUACUCAUGCAAAGGGGAAAGGUGA